UAAUCCCACGGUGACAUGAUCCACAGCGCCGUCAUCAUCGUCCGCGGCCUCUAUCUACGCAGGUACUGAAUCUGAAGGACGACAAUGGCCGGAAUAUCCUGGAAUUAUGUGUUCAAGUUCAUCAUUACUGGCGACGCUGCUGUGGGCAAGUCAUCGUUGCUCGUACGACUUACAGACCAACGGUUUCUCGCAAAUCCAGAUCCUACACUAGGAGUAGAGUUUGGAUCCAAGCUUUUGACGAUACCCGAAGAGAAUAAAGUCAUCAAGCUACAAUGUUGGGACACUGCCGGCACAGAGUCGUUUCGAUCCAUCACACGAUCUUACUACCGUGGCGCUGCAGGGUGCUUACUGGUUUACGAUGUUACUUCGAGAAAGAGCUUCGUAAACGCCAGAUCUUGGCUUGCCGACGUCCGAGAACACGCAGACCCUCAUCUGACCUGUAUCCUUGUUGGCAACAAGGUUGAUCUUUGUGACUCAGAGUCAUCGUCAGACCGUCGUCAAGUACCGAUGGAAGAAGCUGAACUUUUCGCGAAAGAAGAAGGAUUGCUCUUUGUCGAGUCUAGCGCCAAGUCUGGAGAAAAUGUCGAAAAAGCAUUCGAAGAUGCUGCUAGAGAUAUCCUGAGCAAGAUACGUCGGGGAGUCUUUGACGACGAUCGGGUAAGCUCGCCCGGAGUCAAGCUAUCCAAACCAAGUAACGUGGCGUUGGACCCAGGAGCCGGCUCAAAACCUUCGUGUUGUAAUUCAUAGAAUCCUUUGUUCAUGGGCCUGCCUCUGCUUUUAUGAUAUUGAUUGCGGUCUGGCAGUUUGGUGGAUGCAUUCUUAUCGUGCUGCACUCAUUCAUGUUUCGCUCCCUUCCUUUUCUCCAUAUCGCCUUACGUCGACAGAUGAUGUAUAUGUUAUGUAUGUAUAGAUAGAAAUUUUAGUGUUCCAUUUUCGUGUCGCGUUUGUACUUUGUACUAUUACAGUUAUACUUGCUUCUGGUGUUCA